ACAGAAUAAAAAUCCUCUCUAACACCAUAGUUUCUGUUCCUCUGGACUCUCCCUGGACUCUCCUGUGAAAUUUCUCAUCUUCCAGGCAUGUGGAAUCUCACAUCUUAUAAUAAAGCACUAAUUUUCUCUGCAUGAUAAAUAAGAAAGUUGUUCCCCAGAAUAAUAAUAAUAAGCAUCAUUUCAGACACGGAGGAUGAAAACUGUCCUGAAACAGGAGAAGCCUCCAUUCUGAGAUGAAGUGAUGUUUAAAUUUCCCAUUACACGAUCUCUGUGUGUAAAAGGAAGUGUAGCUGUAGAUGUAAUUCACCAUAAGUAAUGACCCCCUACAUUAACGCUGCUGUUUCUGUUAGUAAUAGAAAGUGGAUGAUGCGUAACGUGUGUGUGGUCUGUUCUCUCCAACAUCAUUUCACUCACGUUUUCUAUCAUUAAAGCACUUAGGAACAGGGCAAGUGACCGUUCAAUGGAAAACUGAUCCAUUUCUGAAUCUUACAGAGCGAGACGACAGCUUCCAUCACAGAAUGUUUCACUGUGUGUGUAUGUGUGUGUGUGUCCAGAAACAGAGGUUCCUGACCGACGUGCUUCAUGAGGUCAUGCUGCUGGACGGUAUGGCGACGUCACACCCUGUCUCACAGGAGCUUUUCCAAGUGGCAGACAUCCACCGAGUUUUCGACUGGAUCUCCUACAAAAAGGAUUAUUUAGUGAAACACCAGUACGGAAACACGGCAAGGGACGACUUGUGGAACUCAUUUUCACAGGCCAUGCGGAGGGAGGGGAAGGACAUGGACAUAAAGGAGCUGAUGGACGGCUGGACUCUGCAGAUGGGCUACCCCGUGGUCACCAUCAGCACAAACGAGAGCCCGGAGAACACUGUCACCAUCGGCCAGGAACACUUCCUCUAUGACACCGACGCCAAGAUCCACCACCGUCAGCUUCUUAACAAAAGUUUGCAGUGGCGGAUCCCACUAAAGCUGGCAUUGGGAAACUUCAGUCACAUAUCAACUGAGUCUCUCAUCUGGAUCUCUAAUAAAACAGAGACGCACCGAGUGGGACAUAUAGGCGAAGAGACGUGGUUGCUAGGCAACAUCAAUCAGACAGGCUACUUCAGGGUGAACUACGACCUCCACAACUGGAGACUCCUGAUCCAGCAGCUGAUGAUCAACCCCACAAUCAUCUCUGUGGAGAAUCUUCAGUCUGUCCAGAGCCGGAUAUCUCCCUCAGAACCUCCCACUGCAGAUCAUCUGUUAUCUGUCCAAAGAGGACGACUUCCUGCCCUGGCAUGCUGCGAGUAGAGCGCUGUACCAGCUGGACAAACUGCUGGACCGCACCGAGGACUACAGCCUCUUUAGUUGAGCUCCAGAGGGAGGUGAUCAUGUUGGCCUGUAGUUUUGGGAAUAAACACUGUCACCGUCAGGCCAUGUCACUCGUCUCUGAGUGGAUCUCCAGUGACAAGAACAGCAUGCUGUGUCCUCCUGCGUCUUCCAGCAGGCCGUGUCCUCCUGCAUCCUUCACCAGCCGAGAAGGAAAUAAAAAGCACAGAUGCAGAAUUUAAUAAAGAGCUGCGGCUAAAAUGCAGAAAUUCCCAUGAAGUCCAUCAGCCAGUCUUCCUCCAUGUUGCUUUAGGAAAAUGUUCCUGUAGCCACACGGAGCUGAGGAGCUGCAGGAAGAUGGAGUAGAUCUGAACUUCCAGAUACAUCAUCAACACAGACUCUACAUUUCCUCAACUUCACUUCCUCUACCUCACUUCCUCUACAUUACUUCCUCAACUUCAUUUCCUCUACCUCACUUCCUCUACCUCACUUCCUAAACUUCACUUCCUCUUCUACACUUUCUCUACCUCACUUCCUCCACCUCACUUCUUCAACCUCUCUUCCUCAACUCCACUUCCUCUGUCUCACUUCCUUUACAUAACUUCAACUUCACUUCCUCUUGUAUACUUUCUAUAUUUCACUUUCUCUACCUCACUUCAUCUACCUCACUUUCUCUACCUCUCUACCUACUUCACUUCCUCAGCUUCACUUCCUUUUCUACACUUUCUAUAUUUCACUUUCUCUACCUCACUUCCUCCACCUCACUUCAUCAACUCCACUUCCUCUACCUCACUUCCUUUACAUAACUUCCUCAACUUCACUUCCUCUUGUAUACUUUCUAUAUUUCACUAUCUCUACCUCACUUCCUCUACCUCACAUCUUCUACCUCACUUCCUCAACUUCACUUCCUCAACUUCACUUCCUCUACCUCACUUCCUCAACUUCACUUCCUCCUUUCCCACUGACCUACCUCCUUCAUUUUCUCCUUCAAUCCCUUUUGCACUUCAUCCAUCAUUCUCUUCUCCACUUUCUCCUUCACAUCCUUCCAUGUCCUCUUAUUCUCUCCCUCCUUUGUUCUCUCCUUCAUGUCCUCCUUCACUCCCCCAUUAUUUCUCCUCCAGUUCCUGCUCCACCUCCUCCCUCAUUGAUCCUCCCCCUCUCAGCUCUCAGUGGAGGAUUGUUGGAUGUUGAGGCUGAAACUCGUGGAGGUUCUCCUGCAGUGAUGUUUGAUGAUAAAAGCUGGACUUCCUGCAGGAACACAAUGGACAGUGUGUUUACUUUUUCUCCACUCAGAGCUGCAGACUCCGUGUCGCUCUUCCUGUUCCAUUAGUGAGUGAUAGCAGCUGCAGGUUCUCGGUUUCUCUGUGUUCAUGAAGGUGUUUGUGAUGAAGCUCCACACUGAACGUCUCUCUUCUGAGGAACAUAAAGAGCUGAAAUGCUGAAACGUGUAAAAAGGCAGCAGCUGAACACCUCGACUCGCUUUGUUAGCCAUGCCAUGAAACACCUUCCAGUUUUCCCCUGAAACUGGGACCAGUCGAGGAGACGAGGUACAGGAGACACAAGGCACGAGGUUCUGCUCAUCCCACUGUAACCAUAGAAACACUGUUACAUGUCCUAGCUAGUAUCAGCUAACUAAAUAGCUUAGCUUGGACUCAGGAUUAGAUUUAUUAUGAUCAGUAACUGAGAUUAAAUAAAGAUUUAUAUUUUUUUACUCAGUAACAGUGAAGUGUUUUCUUUCACUCAGUUCUCCCUCAGCUUGCAAUCUGAUUGGUUAAGAGACCAAAAAGAUCUUAAAAUCUUAAAAAUCUUUUUAAAAGAUUCACUUUCUGUAGAAUUCUACACACACACACACACACAGAGAGCCAUAACAUCUACAGUACACUGGAGCAGCCAGUUCAGACCUCUGUUUAUUUUAUUUAUAAAUAAAAGUUUGAUGAAGGGCAGAUCACUGUGGUGUGAGAGGAAUAAAGCACUCAAGCAGUUAGAGGUAAUGAUUCUGCUGUAACACAGUGUGUAACAGGGUGUAACAGGAUGUGUAACAGUGUAACACUGUGUAACAGGGUGUGUAACAGUGUGUAACAGGAUGUGUAACAGUGUAACACAGUGUGUAACAGGAUGUGUAACAGUGUAACAUAGUGUGUAACAGGAUGUGUAACAGUGUAUCACAGUGUGUAAGAGGGUGUGUAACAGUGUAUCACAGUGUGUAACAGAGUGUGUAACAGGAUGUGUAACAGUGUAUCAUGUUGUGUAACAGGAUGUGUAACAGUGUAACAUGGUGUGUAACAAGAUGUGUAACAGUGUAUCACAGUGUGUAAGAGGGUGUGUAACAGUGUAUCACAGUGUGUAACAGAGUGUGUAACAGGAUGUGUAACAGUGUAUCAUGUUGUGUAACAGGAUGUGUAACAUGGUGUGUAACAAGAUGUGUAACAGUGUAUCAUGUUGUGUAACAGGAUGUGUAACAGUGUAACACAGUGUGUAACAAGAUGUGUAACAGUGUAUCACAGUGUGUAAGAGGGUGUGUAACAGUGUAUCACAGUGUGUAACAGAGUGUGUAACAGGAUGUGUAACAGUGUAUCAUGUUGUGUAACAGGAUGUGUAACAGUGUAACAUGGUGUGUAACAGGGUGUGUAACAGUGUAACACAGUGUGUAAUAGGAUGUGUAACAGUGUAUCACAGUGUGUAACAGAGUGUGUAACAGGAUGUGUAACAGUGUAUCAUGGUGUGUAACGGAUGUGUAACAGUGUAACACAGUGUGUAACAGGGCGUGUAACAGAGUAACAGUGUAUAACAGGAUGUGUAACAGUGUAACACAGUAUGUAACAGGAUGUGUAACAGUGUAACACAGUAUGUAACAGGAUGUGUAACAGUGUAUCACGGUGUGUAACAGGGUGUGUAACAGUGUAACACAGUGUGUAACAGGAUGUGUAACAGUGUAUCAUGGUGUGUAACAGUGUGUGUAACAGGAUGUGUAACAGUGUAUCACAGUGUGUAACAGAGUGUGUAACAGUGUAACACAGUGUGUAACAGGAUGUGUAAAAGUGUAACAUGGUGUGUAACAGUGUGUAACAGGAUAUGUAACAGUGUAUCAUGGUGUGUAACAGGAUGUGUAAAAGUGUAACAUGGUGUGUAACAGGGUGUGUAACAGUGUAACACAGUGUGUAAUAGGAUGUGUAACAGAGUAACAGUGUGUAACAGGAUGUGUAACAGUGUAUCAUGGAUGUGUAUCAGUGUAACAGUGUAUCAUGGUGUGUAACAGGAUGUGUAACAGAGUAACAGUGUGUAACAGGAUGUGUAACUGUAUCAUGGUGUGUAACAGGAUGUGUAACAGUGUAUCAUGGUGUGUAACAGGAUGUGUAACAGUGUAACAGUGUGUAUCAUGUUGUGUAACAGGAUGUGUAACAGUGUAUCAUGUUGUGUAACAGGAUGUGUAACAGUGUAACAGUGUGUAACAGGAUGUGUAACAGUGUAACCCAGUGUGUAACAGGAUGUGUAACAGUGCAUAAUGGUGUGUAACAGGAUGUGUAAGUGUAUCAUGGUGUGUAACAGGAUUGGUAACAGUGUAACAGGAUGUGUAACAGUGUAACACAGUGUGUAAAAGGAUGUGUAACAGUGUAUCAUGUUGUGUAACAGGAUGUGUAACAGUGUAACUUGGUGUGUAACAGGGUGUUUAACAGUGUAACACAGUGUGUAACAUGAUGUGUAACAGUGUAUCACAGUGUGUAACAGGAUGUGUAACAGUGUAUCAUGUUGUGUAACAGGAUGUGUAACAGUGUAACUUGGUGUGUAACAGGGUGUGUAACAGUGUAACACAGUGUGUAACAUGAUGUGUAACAGUGCAUCAUGGUGUGUAACAGGAUGUGUAACAGUGUAUCAUGUUGUGUAACAGGAUGUGUAACACAGUGUGUAACAUGAUGUGUAACAGUGCAUCAUGGUGUGUAACAGGAUGUGUAACAGUGUAUCAUGUUGUGUAACAGGAUGUGUAACAGUGUAACAUGGUGUGUAACAGUGUAACAUGGUGUGUAACAGGAUGUGUAACAGUGUAUCACAGUGUGUAAGACGGUGUGUAACAGUGUAACACAGUGUGUAACAGUGUAUCAUGUUGUGUAACAGGAUGUGUAACAGUGUAUCAAGGUGUGUAACAGGAUGUGUAACAGUGUAACAGGAUGUGUAACAGUGUGUAAGAGUGUGUAACAGAGUGUGUAACAUGAUGUGUAACAACAUAACACAGUAUGUAACAGGAUGUGUAACAGUGUAACACAUUGUGUAACAGGAUGUGUAACAGGAUGUGUAACAGUGUAACAGUGUGUAACAGGAUGUGUAACAGUGUAACACAGUGUGUAACAGGAUGUGUAACUGUGUAACACAGUGUGUAACGGGAUGUGUAACAGUGUAACAGUGUGUAACAGGAUGUGUAACAUUGUAUCACGGUGUGUAACAGGAUGUGUAACAGUGUAACACAGUGUGUAACAGUGUAACACAGUUUGUAACAGGAUGUGUAACAGUGUAUCACGGUGUGUAACAGGAUGUGUAACAGUGUAUCACGGUGUGUAACAGGAUGUGUAACAGUGUAACACAGUGUGUAACAGGAUGUGUAACAGUGUAACACAGUUUGUAACAGGAUGUGUAACAAUAUAACACAGUGUGUAACAGGAUGUGUAACAGAGUAACAGGGUGUGUAACAGUGUGUGUAACAGAGUAACAGGGUGUGUAACAGGGUGUGUAACAAUAUAACACAGUGUGUAACUGGGUGUGUAACUGUGCAACAGGGUGUGUAACAGUAUAUGUAACAGGGUGUGUAUCUGUGUAACAAGGUGUGUAACAGUGUAACACAGUUUGUAACAGGAUGUGUAACAGUGUAACACAGUUUGUAACAGGAUGUGUAACAGUGUAUCAUGGUGUGUAACAGGAUGUGUAACAGUGUUACACAGUUUGUAACAGGAUGUGUAACAGUGUAACACAGUUUGUAACAGGAUGUGUAACAGUGUAUCAUGGUGUGUAACAGGAUGUGUAACAGUGUAACACAGUGUGUAACAGGAUGUGUAACAGUGUUACACAGUUUGUAACAGGAUGUGUAACAAUAUAACACAGUGUGUAACAGGAUGUGUAACAGAGUAACAGGGUGUGUAACACUGUGUGUAACAGAGUAACAGGGUGUGUAACAGAGUAACAGGGUGUGUAACAGGGUGUGUAACAAUAUAACACAGUGUGUAACUGGGUGUGUAACUGUGCAACAGGGUGUGUAACAGUAUAUGUAACAGGGUGUGUAUCUGUGUAACAAGGUGUGUAACAGGGUGUGUAUCUAUGUAUGUGUAAGAGGGUGUGUAACAGGGUGUGUAUCUGUGUAAGUGUGUAACAGUGUGUGUAACAGCGUAAUAUUGUCUCCACUUCAUCACACCACCCUGUUGUUCAUUAUUUCCCUACACCUGCAACACACACACACACACACUUUAAAUCCUUCCAUCCUUCAUUACUUUAUGGAUCUGAGUGCAGAGAUGAAGCGCUGAUGUAGAAAUGAUGAAAUAAUGGCAGUGUGACGUUCUCGCUCUCCGCCAGAGCCGUCUUUACUCCCUUACACAUGAGGGACGUAUAAUCGAUAUCCGCCGAGUAAACACUUGACCUGUUAUUAUUCACUGAAGGUGAAACCAGGCUGCUGUUAACGGUGUGUAUAAAGUUUGUGUAUGUGUGUGUGUGUGUGUGUCUAAAGCUGGCAGAUUUUCUCUUUCAUCAGCACGUCUGAAGGAAGCGGCGAAUGUGAGUGGCCGCGCUUGUGUCACGCUUUAAUCCUCACGCUGUGAGUGGAAGCCUGCUCUCUUCUGUUUGCCUGAGUGCCCAAUCCCUGCGCCACAUCCCGCGUCACUCGGCAGCUCCGUGAGGAAUCAGGAAUUAGAACGAUUUUAUUUUUUCCUCGGCCGUGGACGCUCAUAUUUUAUUUAUAUGUAGCGUUUCCUAUUGAGCUGAAGAGCUUCAUGAGAAGAACCUCUGAUCUCACACACAAAGACAACACAACCUCCACUAAUUAAAUACUCAAAUAAUUAAAGGUGCAAUAAGCAAUUUUUUC